AUUUAGACAUCCUCGAAUUUGCCUUCAUGUGGACGCAGGGGAAAAUGACUUUCAGGGUCACUUCAUUUUCUUGUCCUCGAAGCGUGUCCAAGUCCUGCAUGGAGUGACUGGACAAUCUCGAAACGAGGGCAGGAAAGAGGACAGCCUUGGCCUUGCCCGAGGUCUCACGAAGAACGAAAAGAGGCACAGGAGGAAAACAAUGUGCUUCAACGAUCAUUUCCAGGCUCGAUUGAGUCAAUGUUGGGCGUUUCUCUUUGAGUUUCUUCCAGUGGGCAACUCCAUAGAAUAUGGAGACAAGCGCUGUUGCCUCUACGCUUCGGGAUUGGUUCAUGAAAGUGGGUGAUCCGUUAGUGGACCCGUUUCCAAAUCGGAAAGAAGAUGAGGAACAUCUACUCGAUAACCACUCUUCGUCCAUAAAUCCAUGGCAUGGAUUCUUCGACAACGUUUCUCCGUCUUCGGGUCAUUGUUCAAAUAAAAACGUCACUUACAAAGGCCAAUUGAACGACAAAGGAUUGCGUCAAGGCUCAGGGAGACUUUUUCAUGAAAACGGAGAUGAAUUGAACGGAUGGUUUGAUAACGGAAAACCAAGUGGUGACGUGGUCAUAACCAGCCCCCGGCGAGACAUUUCCCGAUUGAUAGGUACUUACAGAGACGGAUGCUUAAAUGGAAGAGCAACAAUGGUCAAUGGCGCCACCACCGUGUUCGAGUGCUUCGUCAAAGAUGACGUGCCUCAUGGACCAGUGAGACAAAUUCACAUGAAGAAGUUUCGAGAAUUUAGACGACAAAUUACUUUCAUCGGACACCAUCGUCAUGGAAUUCCACAUGGAGUCUGUUGGGAGUACCGAGAAGGUGGAGGAUUCUUAACUGGUGUGCCUAAUGCGGAAGGAAAGUUUACCGGCGAACAAAUCACCUACGUGUAUCCAGAUUUCGAAACAUGCUGGCAUGGUCGGUUUCAAGACGGAAAAAUGGAAGAAGGUUACCCAGGAAAAAUUAUCGAUUACCGCUUCGAGCGGGAUAUCAUGGUUGUGCAACUGAAUGUGGAUCGGAGAGGCAAGCCGACCCGUUAUUGCCUGUCGACCAAGAGCUCAAUGGGAGAAGACCUUCUCGUCCCUGAUCCUUAUGAAACGAAAUGGAUUCUUUGCGAGAAUUCAUUGGUGUCUGGUGCUGGUGACGGGGUUUUUGCGCGCCGUGACAUCCCCAAAAAUACCAUUGUGGCAUUUUACAACGGAGUGAGAUUACCAUUUGUUUUAGGAGGGCCCAAAGAGGAUUGGUCCACGUCCGGGUAUAAGAUAUUCGUGAACGCCGACUUUAAGUCGGGCGAGAGAAUGAACAUCCCGUUAGAGUAUGUCUCUUUGGAGAAUUAUUGUGCUACCUUAGGUCACAAAGUGAACCAUUCUUUCGAACCGAAUUGCACGGAGUGGUUUAUUGACCAUCCACGAUUUGGUGUGAUUCCUUGCGAAAGAACCUCAAAAGACAUCAAAACUGGGGACGAGCUAUUUUUGGAUUACGAAUAUGAUCCCUACAAUUGCCCAGAGUGGUUCGAAGGAGCGUUACGAUCGUUUGUCGGUGAUUCUUCGGAAGAGCAACUCGACCAUCUGAAUGAUCGUUAUAAACGAUUUGUGAGUCACGAAAUAGUGGACGAGGUUCGUUAAAAUUUGUUUAUGGCACGUCUAGGUAAAAAUGAGCAAAAAGAGUGGAAAUGAUUGUGCGCUUAUCGACAUAAAAAUGGCCUUGAUCGACCAGCAAAUAAACAUGCAUAGUUCAUGAUGAA